AUGUCUGUCAAGUUCCAAGAGGAGACCGUCCGCACCGUCACGGGCGGCAAGCCCGAAGACCUGGCGCACCGCGUCGGUGAGCGAUUGACUGGUGGAAAGACCCAGACCGGUUAUCUCCAGGCCUACCUCAAGCAGCUGCAGCACAACCCGCUGCGCACCAAGAUGCUCACCUCCGGUGUGCUCUCUGGUCUGCAGGAGCUGCUGGCCUCGUGGCUCGCCCAUGAUGUCGGCAAGCACGGCCACUACUUCAGCUCGCGCAUCCCCAAGAUGUCGCUGUACGGCAUGUUCAUCUCCGCGCCCCUGGGUCACGUCCUCAUCGGCAUCCUCCAGAAGAUCUUCGCUGGUCGCACCAGCUUGAAGGCUAAGAUCCUCCAGAUCCUCGUCAGCAACUUGAUCAUCUCCCCCAUCCAGAACAGCGUCUACCUGAGCUCGAUGGCUAUCAUUGCUGGCGCGCGCACCUUCCACCAGGUUCGCGCCACCGUCAAGGCUGGCUUCCUACCCGUCAUGAAGAAGUUCCUGCCCGAGCACACCUGGGUACCCUUCUUCAACAUCGUCGGUUUCUUCAUCGGAACCUAUGUCAACACCCACACCAAGAAGAAGCGCCUCGAAGCCCUGCGCAAGCGCUAUGACCAGCGCCGCGGCCCCGGCGGCGAGUACGAGAAGCGCGACUACCCUUAA